AUGAACAUCCGCAAUGCGAGGCCGGAGGACCUGAUGAACAUGCAACAUUGCAACCUCCUGUGCCUGCCGGAGAACUACCAGAUGAAAUACUACUUCUACCACGGCCUCUCUUGGCCCCAGCUCUCUUACAUCGCUGAAGAUGAGAACGGGAAGAUUGUGGGGUACGUCCUGGCCAAAAUGGAAGAGGACCCAGAUGACGUGCCCCACGGACAUAUCACCUCACUGGCUGUGAAGCGUUCCCACCGGCGCCUCGGCCUGGCUCAGAAGCUGAUGGACCAAGCCUCCCGAGCCAUGAUCGAGAACUUCAAUGCCAAAUACGUCUCCCUGCAUGUCAGGAAGAGUAACCGGGCCGCCCUGCACCUCUAUUCCAACACCCUCAACUUUCAGAUCAGCGAAGUGGAGCCCAAAUACUAUGCAGAUGGGGAAGAUGCGUAUGCGAUGAAGCGGGAUCUCACCCAGAUGGCCGAUGAGCUGAGGCGGCACCUGGAGCUGAAGGAGAAGGGCAGGCACACAGUGCUGGGCUCCAUCGAGAACAAGGUGGAGAGCAAGAGCAACUCACUUCCAAGCUCAGGAGAGGCCUGUCGUGAGGAGAAGGGCCUGGCAGCUGAGGACAGCGGUGGUGACAGCAAGGACCUCAGCGAGGUCAGCGAGACCACAGAGAGCACCGACGUCAAGGACAGCUCAGAAGCCUCUGACUCAGCAUCCUAGAGCCUGCACGUGCUCCUCUCCGCCCUGGCCUGCCCACCCCAUCCUCACCCCUCAAGGUUUCACAAUAAACUUCACCCAGUGGCCUUGG